ACCGCGCCCCGGCCCGGCCGCGCGCGCGGGUCCGUGGGGAGGUUCCGUGCGCCCGGGCUGCGGGGCUGCCCGUCCGCCUCGAGUCCGCGCGCGACCCGGGCCCGGCUGGCGGGCGGGCGGCCGGGCGAGCAUGGAGGAGAAGUACCUGCCCGAGCUGAUGGCCGAGAAGGACUCCCUGGACCCGUCCUUUACGCACGCCUUGCGCCUGGUGAACCAAGAAAUAGAAAAAUUUCAAAAAGGAGAAAGCAAGGAUGAAGAGAAGUACAUUGAUGUGGUGAUUAAUAAGAACAUGAAGCUGGGGCAGAAAGUGUUAAUUCCUGUCAAGCAAUUUCCUAAGUUCAACUUUGUGGGGAAACUCUUGGGUCCACGUGGCAAUUCUCUGAAGCGUUUACAAGAAGAAACAUUGACAAAAAUGUCUAUACUUGGAAAAGGAUCCAUGAGAGAUAAAGCAAAGGAAGAAGAGUUGAGAAAAAGUGGAGAAGCCAAGUACUUCCACCUCAAUGAUGAUCUGCAUGUUUUGAUUGAAGUUUUUGCCCCCCCAGCAGAAGCCUAUGCCCGGAUGGGACAUGCAUUGGAGGAAAUCAAAAAGUUUCUCAUUCCUGACUAUAAUGAUGAAAUCAGGCAAGCACAACUCCAGGAAUUAACAUAUUUGAAUGGAGGUUCAGAAAAUGCAGAUGUACCAAUUGUUCGAGGGAAGGCUACUUUGCGUACAAGAGGUGUACCAACGCCAACCAUAACCAGGGGUAGGGGAGGAGUUGCAGCCCGGCCAGUUGGAGUUGGUCUACCAAGAGGGACUGCUACUUCCAGGGGAGUCCUUUCUACUCGAGGACCAGUGAGUCGGGGAAGAGGACUUCUGACUUCCAGAGCAAGAGGUGUCCCCCCAACUGGGUACAGACCUCCACCACCACCCCCAACACAAGAGACCUAUGGAGAUUAUGACUAUGAUGAUGGAUAUGGCACUGCUUAUGAUGAACAGAGUUAUGAUUCUUAUGAUAACAGCUAUAGCACCCCAACCCAAAGUGGUGGUGAUUAUUAUGAUUAUGGACAUGGGCUCAAUGAAGAGACUUACGAUUCCUAUGGGCAAGAGGAGUGGACUAACUCAAGACCUAAGGCACCCUCAGCGAGGACCACAAAAGGCAUCUACAGAGACCAGCCAUAUGGCAGAUACUGAUUGUACUGUCUGAUGUUGUGAAAUAGCCAAUCUCCACCAGUCCUGUAAACUGUUCAAAGUAAUUGUUUUCUAUGAACAAUCCCUUUUUAAAUAAAUCAAAUGCUUAAAGUCUGAAUGGAUGGAACUUAAAAAAAUACUUUGUUGAAACAUCAAGCUGGGCAGAAAAAAAAAGACAUGUAAAAUUUUGUUAUUUCCAGUCUGUAUAUGAAAAAAAAUAGGUCAUCCAAAGGAAAAAAAUAACUUUGAUUUAACUAGUGUUAAAAAAUAGGUUUACUAAAUAUGUUAAUCCAUCCUUUUAACAUAAGCCUCACCUUUCAUUUUAAAGGUUUCCAUAGAAUUUAGUUAUUUUAUCUUUUAGCCAUAUGUUAGUUAUUUUUUCUCUUGCCAACAUGCGUAAAAAGGGAAGCCAAUGACAAGUGCAAAUAAUGUGUUAUUCUUUUGUAACUCAAGUCUUGAAAUGUUCUGUAGUGUUAAGCAAAGUCUCCUUGCUUGAUACUAAAUAAACUUUUGAAAGAAA